CUGGAGGCCAGUGAACAUAUAUCAAAAAGAUGCAAAAAUUGUGAAGUCAUGGAGUUGAGACUUAGAUAUUACCAGGAUAGACUCGACUGUAUGAAACACUCGAAUGUUGAACUAAGUAAAAAGAUGCAUGAAAUGGACGAAAAGAACGAAAAAGUCAUGUCGAUUUUGACCACAAUAAUAGAAGCAAAAGUGAGUAAUAUUGUAUGUUCUUUGUUAAAAUGA